ACCUAAGUUUGAUGGCUUCGAAAGCAUAGACAAUUCCAGUUGACCGAGAGCGAUCCGAAAAGAUCGCGGAUUGCCUGUAGAAUUCGGUGUGGAUUGAGAUGUCGGAUAUCGGCAGCGGCGACGAGGGGCUUUCUAGUCAGAAAUAUCAUGGUCAAGGCAUGGACGCGGGAGGGAACAAUUUUGACUCCGGUCAGCAGCCGCAGGAGCAGGAGUUAGCCACGAAGAUGCUCCAGAUCCAGUCCAAGCGGUUCUACCUCGACGUGAAGCAGAACCGCCGCGGCCGGUUCAUCAAGGUCGCGGAGAUCGGCGCAGACGGUCGGCGCAGUCAGAUCUUCCUGGCGAUGUCGACGGCGGCGGAGUUCCGCGACCACCUGUCCGGGUUCAGCGACUACUACUCGUCGCUCGGACCCCCCAACCCGGACAACGUGCCCGACGACGGCAAGCUCAAGUCGGAGAUGAUGCUCAAGGACAACAGGCGUUACUACCUCGACUUGAAAGAGAACUCGCGCGGUCGUUUCCUCCGCGUCUCGCAGACCAUCACCCGCGGCGGCCCGCGCUCGCAGGUGGCGCUGCCCGCGCAGGGCAUGAUCGAGUUCAGAGACGCGCUCACCGACCUGCUCGACGACUUCGGCACCGACGACGGCGGAUCCGUGUCGGGUUCCAGCUUCAAGGGCGAGCUGCCCGAGGGGCGCCACCUGCGCGUCGACAACAAGAACUUCUACUUCGACAUCGGCCAGAACAACCGCGGGGUCUACAUGAAAGUCAGCGAGGUGAAGAGCAACUUCCGCACAGCGAUCACGGUGCCCGAGAAGUGCUGGGCGCGCUUCCGGGACAUUCUAGCCGACUACACCGACAAGAUGGGUCGCGCGCACCCCGACACCGUGCAGGGCGGCGGCACCGCGCGCGCCGGCGGCAGCGCCGCGCCGCACCCCGACACAGAGUCGUUCGACGCCCGGACUUGAUGCGGCGGCCCCCGCAGUCCGCGCCCGCGCCCGCGCCCGCGCCCGCGCCCGCGCCGCCGCCGCAUUACUACCGCAUUAUGUGUAUAUAGUACUUUAUAUACGUAGCCUGUUAUAUAUAACUCGCGGCUCGCGCGGACAUUCCGACCUCUGUCUCAUCCUCCGUUCUGAGCGUUCAUAGACGCGUUAGUUGUAAGGUAUUAAUGUGAUAAAAACACCUUUUUGAGCUUUAUUGUUUUAUCUUUUUUUUGUGUAAUUGUAAUUAAUUUGUCAAGUAUUAGGGCGGGAGCGCCCGGGUGCGGUCUCGUUUCGCGUUCGUGGCCUUUUUCUUUAUGUCGUCGCCGCAUUGAAUUUUCUGUCAAUGAAUUACUUGAAUGAAAUGUGACGCCGGCGAGCGGGGCGAUUUUGAAACGUUAGGAAACUUUGCGCCGGUCGCGGAGUCCCUCGCCUGAAAAUUACGAAAUAAAUGCUCCUAAAGAUUACGCUCUACGCUGACGCUAGCAUGAGAACGUCAUACGUGCGUUUGACGCUCGACGCCGCUAGCGUCAGCGUCGAGCGUGAUCCCUUGGAGCGGUUUUUCGUAGUGGAAUUUGUUAAUUGUGAUCGAAUCCGCCCCGCGCGGCCCGGGCGCUCCCGCAGCGCGUAACAUAGGAUAUAAAAAUUGGUAAAUCUAAAAAGAGAUUUUGAAAAAUGUAAAAAAAAUCAAGUUCAACAAUCGUGCACGCCUGGCCGAAAUCCUAACGACAUAAUAAGGAGUUACGUUGAUGUAAAAUGCCACUUAUCUAGUUCGUAGGGGUAUGUUUUUUUAUAUGGAUUAUUUAAUGAUACAAUGAUAGUGUUUUGACUGAAAACGAGGGAGCUCGCGGUCCGUCGAUGAAAUCACUAAAAUUUAUUAAAAUUAAAAAAAAAAUGCUGAUUACAUUUUGUUUUACAACUAAAUUUAAAGAACAUACAAAUGUAGCUUCUAUGACAAUAUGUAUGUAAGACAUCAGGAUGACAUUAGUGAUCAUGUGCUAUGAACUCAAUAUGCCUUUAUUUUGAACGGAAGUGUUCGUCAGUACCGCGGGUUCCCUUUUCGUGCACCGGGUGUUUACAGGGGGCAGGGCCGAAGCUAAACGACACUCACGACAUGGCGGUCAAUAUCAUGGCUCUACUUGAAUGGGCCUUCGGCGGUCAAACCGUCGGGGCAUAUGUGAAAGAAUUUAAAAAAGAUUAAAUCUUAGGCUUUCAUAUGUUAAAACUAAAAGCAAGUACGAGUAUACUAUAGAGAUGACAACGUAAUAAUAAGUUUGAACAGGAUUGUCUUAUGGUACUUUCAAUAGGAAUAAAUAAGUUCAAGGAAAAUAUAGAAAUAAUCAUCACUUAGGCCAAGAUUCAAACGUGCAACCUUUUGGAACAUCGGUCCAAUCGCACUAAACCAACUGAGCUGCUUUUUUCCAUUAUUCAAUUUAAAAAAAAGUAGUAUUGUUCGCACUUAUCUGCUUGAUAAAAAUUACUCUACGUUAUACUUGCUUUCAAUUUUAAAGUGAUAUUUGACGUUAUCGUUAGUGUCGCCCGCUCGGCUAUCUCGAAUCAUUAGGUAAGCUACGCAAGCUGUGAUAUGUGGGUACAGCCGAGGGUACAACUUUUGUACUGCGCUGGGAGGCUCGGCCGCACACUCUAUUCCAAUGGGGUUUUCUAAAUUGUGGGCAAAUGCCGCGGCCACAACACGCUCCGGACGAAUUACAAGGGAAUAAGAGAAAUGGCAAGAUUAAUGUCAAAACAAAUCAAAUAUCAUUUAUAUUCAGGCAACUAAGGCUCAUAUAAAAUCCUUAAAUCGUUUUGGCGACACAGUUUUCUGUUGCGUCACCUGGGCACUGUUGCAUAAUAAACUACAACUAAUAUUACAAGCGGAACUCCUUUUCUAAUAUGUGAAAUUAAAAAAGGAGUUCCGUUUGUAAUAUUACUUGUAGUUUAUUAUGCAACACGGCCCUGUUCCUGUGUAGAAUAGGAUUAUCGUGCGAGUUUUAGUUUUACUUCUGUUUAAUAUUUUGCCGUUGAAGUAGCUCGGCUGGUAUCACUAGCAGUUUUAUAAUAAAAUCAUACUGCUGGUGACAUAUAACCACCACCUGGUGGACUCUGCCUGUGAAGCCGAUGGUCCCGGGUUCGAAUUCCGGUAAGGGCAUUUAUUUGUGUGAUGAGCACAGAUAUUUGUUCCUGAGUCAUGGGUGUUUUCUAUGUAUUUAAGUUUUUAUAUAUUAUAUAUAUCGUUGUCUGAGUACCCAUAACACAAGCCUCCUUGGGCUUACCGUGGGACAGUCAAUCUGUGUAAGAAUGUCCUAUAAUAUUUAUAUAAAGGAAAAUAAGAAUUAAUGUGCAUACAGGGAUCGUCAAGGGUCGUCGGUUGCUUUGGUGUCACCACUUUUAUUCAUCACCUGAAUUUUGAAUGUUUAAUUUGAUUUUUGAAUUAUGUAGAUGACAUGUUUUCGUGUUUUUUUUAUAAAACCAAACUUGGAACAAUUCAAUAUAAAAACUACAACAUUUUCAGUCGGUGUUAGCGUCGAGCGUAAACGCUCGGAGCGUGUUUCGUGGCCCUAGGGUUAAGGCUCUAAGAGCAAGGGCGGGUUUUGGACUGUUUUUAUUUUUCCGCCUAAGGGUGGUGUUCCACCUGGCCGAAUUCUUUGCUUAAUGAGAGAGUGAGAGGCAAUGCAUAUUGUACAUUGUACAGGUGGGAUGGGAUAGCACCCGGUACCAAGCGGUACAGCCGCGGCCGAGCCGGGUAGGUUAAGGCGUAGGCACCCCGUGUUAGGGCGUGCUUUUAUUGUUGUAAGUUCAUCUGUACUAAGAAUUUCCAGAAACUAGGUUAUUUCUACUCAGAAUCAAGAACAAUAUAGAUUCUAAUAGGAGAAAUAAGUGUCCCAAUUAAAUUUCUACUAUUUUUGACUUUCCAUUGCGUUUCGCCGUAAGAAUCUUUGAAAGAAAAUUUGUGGCGCUUUUUCUUAUAGUAGAAUCAAUAGAGCUCGUGACUCUAAUAAACUCAAAUUUCUGGGAAUAUUAAGAACACGCCUGUUACAACAAUAAAGAAAAUCGCCCGUUGAUCGCACUCGAUGGGCCCGGUUUUUGGAACCUUUCGUGGCGAGUCGCGGGCGGACCCGUCGAACGCGUGGCGUGUGCGUGUGUAUAUAUAUAUAUUUGUGUGUGUGUGUGUGUGUGUGCGCGGGACGCACGCGGACGGCGCGGUGCUGUGUUACCGGGCUUCCGGUAUGUUACGCGGCUGUUCCAUUGUGUUAUGCGACGGAUCCGCUGUGUGACAACGGUUCUGCCGUGUGACGUGGAUGUUACGACUAUCCGCUCGGUGACGGGACGGUUCUGUUACGUUCCGUGACGCCGGUUCCGAUCCGUGACGCGACGGUUCCGUUCCGUGUUCCGUCGGUACCGCUCCGUGACGCGGGCCCGCGCCGUUCCGCUGUAGUUUAAGUUCAGCACUACACCGGGCGUCGGACGUGCCUUUAUUUACUAAUUGUCUUAUUUUGCAUUUUUUUGUUUUUUCUUUACAAUAAGUGCAUCACCCGUUUUCACCCUCUAAUGGUAGCUCCGCGCCGGCGACGGCCCGCGCGUUAUGCGGUUAUCAUUGAUGCGGACCCGCACGCCGCUCCGGGGUGCGAGCGAGACAGCGCUAUGCACCGUAUAUACCGUCCCGCGCGCACACCGGAGCGCCGCGCGGAUCCGCAUCUGUGAAGACCGCCUUAUCUCGUUAUAAAUGUAAUAUUAUGUAUAUCUACGAAUUCGAGUCAGGUUAGUAGUAUCUCGUGUUUAAAAUUUUAUUGUGUUACUAAAUGAUAGGGUAAUGUUUUUUUAUUAGUGGUACGUUGCCGACAGUUGUGAUGUCUCCGAUCCUUUUCCUCAUCGCUUCGCUCGUCGCCUCCGGACCCAGAAGGGCCUUCACUAGCCUUUACCUCACAGUAACUAAAGUACUAAAUAAGAGUCAAUGACUAUAGAGACUAUUGUGCAAAACGAAGUAUAAAUGCAUAUGUCAGCUUGAAGUCAAAUUAAAUGUUGGCUGGUCUGGUUGGCUAUGCUAUGGUUUAUGGCCUGCGAUGCGACAUGCGACGCCGGAGCGCCGGACGCGGCGAGCGAGCGGCGAGUCCUAGAGUACUUGACCUACGGAGCUAUAAUAGAGUAGCCUGUAAACUAUGCAGUCAUCUCCUGGAGACCAUAAAUACUAAUAGUGUGGGAUAAGUUCGUGACGUCCGAUAAAAUGUUACAUAUAGAAAAAAAAAAGAUAAAAUAUAUAAAAAAUUAAUCACAUCUCUAUAGUAAAAUAGAAAUAUAUUUGCCGGCGGGGGCGGCGCGGGGCUUUGUGCGAGCCGCGGGGAGGUGCACUCGCCUCCGGGGGCGCACUCGCCUCCGGGGGCGCACUCGCCUCCGGGGGCGCACUCGCCUCCGCAGGGUGCGCUUGCCUCGCGAGGCGACCGGUGUGCCUCCUCGCGACUAGUGGCUUAAUUUUAACAACAAUUUAUGGUACAAAAUGUAAUUUUAGUUCCAUAGACGUUUAAGAUCUACAGAGUUUAUAUUUAGAGAAAAGUGAUUAAAACCGACUUAGCAUCGUCGAUAAAUAUAAUUAAUGUUACAUAUAUGUGUAUCCGAGUGAGGAGUGACAUAAAUUUAAUGUUAACAUAGAUCUAUAUGUUGUGAGCUAGUUAUCGCGUGGUGAUUACGUCGGCUGCAGGCCUCGAUGCGCGCUCGGCCCCUCCCUCCAGGAACCAUCUUGUAGUCGUUAGUCAGUCCCUGCUCCCUGCUCCCUGCCCAGUGCCCACCAUUGUUCUGUCAUCCCGAAAACACUUGUGUACUAAUGCACACCCUUCCACAUGAAAUUUUUCUUAUUAAAUGAAUCACACAUAAACUUACUCCCCUCUUCAGAAUUUAAUAGUAACGGAAACAUCCUUGUAGCCACUAAAUCUCCGAUAUGUGAAUUGAUAACACUUUUUCCAAGAACCUUUUGUACUACUAUUUUUAACAUGUGGCAUGCUCUUCUAGUAUAGAUACCAACCAUUCUCUUAACGGCGGGAGUGACCAGAGGGCGUAGCCUAGAUGACAACCGUCUAUCGACAAAUUCCGAUUGAAAAGUCAAAAUAUAUCGGGAUGGCAGAUGCGAUGACAAAUUACGCGAUCAUUUCAUACAUUAUUUAAGUUUCGAUUGUCAUUUUCUAUGUAUAUUCGGUUGUCACUUAGCUAGGCCCCUAGUAGUAUUAGAUGUGCAACGGCACGUUCAUGGCUAGACACCAGUCGAUGUGUAAUGGUUGGGUUGGGGCCCGGCGCCGGCGCGCGGCCUGCGGCGAGUACAGCGCUGCCCUGUGAUACCGCCCCCGCACCUCCCACGCAAGCUUUCACUUCUUCUGUAUGCGCUGCGCGAACGCCUGCCGACAGCCGAACGAACAUUCACUCACCAAUUACAAUAAUCGUUUGACUAUGGUCGAAAGAUUCUAGGCUAUUUGAUUUACGGCCAAAUACGCGAUUAUCAAAGUGAAUUUGAAAAAUUAAGAAUAUAUUCACGCUCUUGUGUUGUGUACGACUCAUCCACUGAGAAACCCAAGUGGUUUCACUGUGAAACGCUCCGUAUCCGUGUUCCCUCGGUGACACGGAUCCGUAUGUGUGUCGGGCGGCAGGCGCUCGGCGCAGGAUAGUCAAUUAAUGUAGCGGCCCCGCUCCCCCGCCCGCACCGGCUCUAGCUACGGGACGACAACACCGCGAAACUAUAAAACAAAACAAAAAAUCCCAAAAAAAACAGAGUUAUAAUAGUACGUUAGUUUUAAUUAUAUUUCUGACAAGAAUCGAUGUUUUACUAAAGUUUAUUUACGCGUUCGUCUGCGGCGGCCCGCGGGCCGCCAUGACCGAGCGGCAUCGAACUCACGCAAUACACGAUUUUAACUACACGUAAGCAAUACCACAGUACCUGAAUUAAGGAAGAAAAAAAGUAUAAAAUGUAAUAGUACGGAAAUAGUGGUUGAAGCACGCCGCAUCGCGGCGUCCUGCGGGUUCGAUGGACGUUCAGUUUAGUUUCGGGUGGUCGAUCGUACUAAGGCUUCUGUAAUUGUUAAAUAUUAUUGUCAAAUAAAGUAACGGAUCUUGCAACGUUCGUAUUUGUAAAGCUGGAGCGCUCACCGUUAUGUUCAGCCACUGCAGUAAUCUGGGAGCUGUCUGAAUCAGUCGCGAGACAAGUCGGUCGACGAAUCGGCAGGUUAGCGGUUAGGGUAAACGGUUGUAGGGAACACGAGCGGCGACGCGCGCCGGCUCCGUGCCGGCUCCGUGUCGGCGCCGGCGCGCUCCGUCGGGACGAGGGUGAAACAGCUUGACUCUUUCAUAAUACAGAAAAAAAUUAAGGAACAUGACAUCAGUUUCCGUUGUACUUUGUCCGAAGACAGACGUGUAUGUAGAAGUGGCCGCGCUGGCCGCGACCCGCGUGGUGCCCUCAGAUGUGGGGAGUGAAGUUGAACAAAUACUGCCAAUCGAUUGUAGGUUUAUAAUAAUAAUGAAUAAUGAUUUGUAGAAUUAAACGAUUUCGAAAUAUUGUGUCCCGAAUAUUUCAUAUUUUAUGUAUAGUAUCGAUAACGGUGGCUAAGUGCCGUUCAAAUAUUCCGCUUCGGAAAACGUUCAGUUUCGUUCGUGCCUUCAGACUUCACAAAAUAACUGACAAUAGCAUUGCAAUCGGUUAGCGACACACUGGGAGUUUGGACGGACAGGGCCACCAUGUAAAUGUUUCCUUAAGGCGAGGAUGGAUACAAACUGUGUUCUGUAGAGUACUGAGCGACAGGGCGUUGACUAGAUAGCAGGCGCCGGGCCGCCGUGCCGGCUCCGGCGUGGAUCCGGCGCGGAUCCGACGCGUGGGCUCGGCGCCGUAAGUAAUUUGGUGCGAAUGGGGUUAGAAGAAGGAGCUAAGUUGUAAAAAAACUAGAUUGCUAUAUACAUAAAAUUAAUUAAUGUCAUUAACGGGUCUAACGCGAUACAAUUUCAUUUCUUUUUUCCGAUGUUUUAGCUAGGUUGCACUAACUGUGGUCACGGAAGACUAACGUUCCAGCAAAAUGUCAAUUGAGUUAUUGGUAAACAACACUAAACUACCCGACAUAAGUUUAUAUAAAUAUUCGACAGUAGACAAGCAAAAUUAUCUACCCGUUUCUGAUUAAUGUUUAUUGUCCACGGCACGACACGCAACACUAACAAUAUCCGCACACUGGUCCGAAGAUAGAUCCCUUGGUUGGUUAAUGACAUUAAUUAUGUGUACAAAACGCGAAUUUAAAGCGUUAUAUACAUAAAAUUGUUAGGUUUAAUAGUGUUGGCAUAUUGGGUGUUGUGUAUGGGGAGGUAGUGACGAACGACUGCUCUUGAAUUCUCGAUUGUCGUGCCCCGUGUGAAUGAAAUGGUAGUUAGCUCUGAUUGAUUGAAGCUUUUACGAACUAUUCGAUUUGGCACCCAAUAUGCACAGGAAAAGUAGUUGGUAAUUUUUGAUAUCGAGAAUUCGGCAUUGUGGGACUGAUGGGGCUCAUAUGAUGAGGAUAAAUUUUGUUCGGAUUAUUUGAAUUAUUCUAAAAUUUUCAAUUCGUGUGUGACACGGCUCGCUUCUCUCUGAGACUGGUUCGGUGUGUGCCGGGCGGGGCCGCGGCGCGACUCCCGCGCGAUUGCCGGACGACAGUCGCACGACUGUCGCGCGACUAACGCACAGUCGCCGCGUCGCGCCGCGGCAUCUGACCCGGAUGAGAUUUUGUAUCCAAAGAUUGUAUAGUGUGAUGUAUAACUUCCUAUAGGUUUAUUAUUAUUAUACUAGUAUUUUAUACUUGUUAUUUUUCUAUUGUUUGACACUAGUUCGUAUCGGAAAUGUUUGGAACAUUGUCAGAUCUCCAGAUCGAUUUUAAAAUUUAGCUGUUAUAAUAUAAGUUGUGUACCGAAAUUGUCGAGGCGGCCGCGACGCGAUGCGAUCGUGUCGCGGCGCGUCAUAUUAUAUCACUAUGUAUUUUUUGGGAUGAAGGAAGUUAUGUGAGCGCGCGCUAUGGCAUAAAAUGUUAUCGCGCUGUCGUCUGUCCGUUGUAUUAAAUGCAUUAAGGACCUAAGCUUCGGUAAUGGGUAAACAAGUACGUAGUUAAUGCUUUAAUUUUUCGACUAAUUAUUUUAUUCCUCUGCACGAAAAUUAGUCAUCCAUUUAUAUGGAUGACUAGUUUCUCAGUGGAACAAUAUACAUUGUAAACGAUUAUCGCCUUAAUUAUGUACAUUUUCAUCCCCUAUCGGGCAGUGAAAAAAAUUUGCAAGUAAAAUUGAGGGCUGAUGUGCGCGCAGUGUGUGAGCAUCGUUAUAUAUACCUAAGGCCCUGACAGACGGCGGCGCGGCGCGCUCGAGCGAGGAGCAGUUAAACUGCAUGGUGCUUGUGUAGGAUACUUACUUACGAUGGAUAUCAUUAUAUUAUCUUUUCUUAUACUAAAAUUGUGACGCCUAUUUUUUUUGUAUACGAUUCGAAUCGAUGGAACGCCGCAAGAGAAUGUCCAUGUUUCUAAAUUUAGUAUUUGUUUCUUUCUAACUUCAUGCCCUUUUGUGAGCGACACGUCAAUGUUAUAAAAACCAGACGUGACGCAGGAUGGAAAUGUGACGGUUCGGCGCGGCGUGACGCACGUGACGCAAUGACGCAUGCGACAAAUAAAGCUGACGUGUUAACUCUUCAAUGACGCAUUGUGACAAACCGAACAUAUGUAACUUGACAGUAAAUAUGACUUGUGACGCAGGAUUUGUAACAUUCUGAACAAAACGUAACGUGUUACAAAACUAUAUGACGCAUAUUCAGAUUCAGAUAUUUAUUGAUAAAAUUAUAAAUAAUAUUACACGUCAUACAGCAUACACAUCAUUAUCACAAUACAUUUACAUAAUUAUCACAAUAUACAAUUCAUUGGGAAUAAGACAUAAAGACAAGACAUAAGACAUAAACUACUAUAAUGCAGCGACUUGUGGUUAGAUUUUUGUUGCCAAAAUUUUUGUUCCCCAAUAGCUUUUAUUGUUCCAUUCGCGUUUUUCCCCAUUCUGCUUUUUAACCAGCGUUAAUUUUUUCUGUAGUUAUUUAAUCACGCGUAUGUCCCAGUCGCUUUUUUCCCUAAAGAGUAAUGUUUUCACGAUAGUCACACUAAGUCGAUAGAUAUAACGCACUUACAACCCCUCUGGUGUUGCGGGUGUCCAUGGGCGGCGGUAAUCGCUUACCAUCAGGUGAUCCGUCUGCUCGUUUGCCUCCUAUUUCAUAAAAAAAAAUGGGUAGGUUAGGUUCGUUAGGUAGCUUCAGAUGCACGAAGGGCAUACCGCCCAGAAAUAGGAGCCCGCGUAGCGGGGCUCCGUCGGCUCAGGCUAAGAAGGGCAUGUUCUCGGAAAUAUUACUCUUUGGGAAAAAAAGCGACUGGGACAUACGCGUGUGAUUAAAUUAACUACUGAAAAAAAUUAAUGCUGGUUAAAAAGCAGAAUGGGGAAAAACGCGAAUGGGACUAAAAAUCCCGAUUUUUUUUUUUGGGGAAUUCAUCUAUACAGUCAAUGCAUCUCUGACCUAUAAAGAAACUUAUGACAUCUAAUAAUAAAAUGUACGUACGAGUAUAUUUGACGAUGAAAAUGACUGACUCCCACUAAAUGGAUGAACACAUCAAACAUGUUUUUUUUAUUUUUUUAUUUAUCACAAUAAAUAAAUAAAAAACAUGUUUAAUGUGUCAUGUGACAGGUGGCUUUCCCUUCUUCAUGAAAAACUAGGCACGAAAAAAUGUAAAUAAUGCAAAAUGACUCAGAGUCCGACUAAGCUAACUUUGCACCGACUUGUAUAGAACAAAGUGAGGGAGUGUCGUUAUCGACAGCAUAGUUUCAAAGAUAUUUGACAUUAAUGAUGACAUUGAGACACUUUGUCAUUGCAUAUAGCAUGCAGUUAGUUUGGUCCGAACCUGAUAUUGAAUUGAGUCACAUAAAGAAUUAACUCUUAACUAUAAAAAACUGUUUUUCCUUCACAUGACAUGUGCGAUGUGCGUCAUAUGAGGCAGGUGCGUCACGGGCGUCACGGCGCGCCAGCCGAGUGUCGACAUACACGAGUAUCGGAGCGCGGCUGCGACGCGCGGUGUGCCGUAGGAAAGUUUUACGAUAAAUGGUGAAAAAAUAAAUAAAUUACAAAAA